AUGGUCUCGUGGGCACACAACGUUGCUCCCAAGGGCUACUACAUUGCAAUUGUCUCAACCAUUGCCGAGGGUGAUAGCAACCACCACCUCGAGUUGCAGGCUGGAUUCGACCGCCUCGGCAAGAUCGAGGAGAAGUUCAUGGGACCUCCUAUUCCCAUUUACGAGCCUCUUGAGAGCGGAGAGAAUGACAACAUCUUCAUCUCGCGAAGCUACGACGCAACCAGUCACUUCGAGACCACCACAGGUAAGACGAAAUCUGAGAAUCUCAGGCAUAUGUAUACUGACACGACUGCNACAGACGACAUCCGUGACAUCUACCGAAGAGCAGAGGGCCACGAGUUGGUGGUCGAGGGUCUGCGUGAGGGACAGAACUUGGUUGCUGAGGAGUAA